AUGCAAAGAAAGGAAACUAUGGAAAGAAAGGCGCACCGGCCUUCAAGAGUGGAUUUAAGAAUUGGAGUCUCAAUUUUACUUGCCUACGGUAAGUGCGAAAGAAUUGAUAUACAAAAAUUUGAUAAGGGUAAAAUGAAAGAAAAACGCAGAAAAAUGACAGAUUUGGUUAUGCAAUUGGUUAACUUGAUUCAUAUUCGCGUGGAAAGCUUCGAACUCGUUAUUCUGGUUUUCAGAAAUAAAGCUAGAUCGGGGGUUUUUAAUUUUUGAAAUUCGUCAUUGUCAAUUCAAGUUUUGAUGCUUUUCGCAUUGUCCUUUCAUUUGCAAUGUUUUCUACGACCUCAGAUUUUUUUAUUCCAGAAAUUUGCGAUCUGUUACAUUGCACUUGAGAUUUUGAAAACAAAGUUGAAAAUUGAGUUAAUUUUCUCAGGUGUCAGAAUCUUUUAUUAGUUUUCUGAUAUAUAUGCAAAAUCUAUAACAUCGUAUUAGUCUUUUUUACUUCCGAAACUUGAUGCCUUUUCGACAUUUGAGCCAGAUUUAUUUACCCCUCAAAAGCUUACUUUGUAUACAUUUGCCAGUAAACACCCUAGAUAAAACUUUAACGGCAGAGAAAGAGAUAAAUCUUAGUUUUUUCUUGAUCUAUUUUAACUUAAGAUAAAUUUGAUAUAUCUAAAUUUGCGAGACGAUUUCCAAGCCAAUCUUGCAUACUAAUUAUGGCACCGAUCAGAAGAAAUCGUUCUGUGUGACUGAAAACAGUAGACAGUGUGCUGAAUGAUCAAGAUCAUUUUCUGUCGCUAGUGUUUUACGUUUCGUCGGAGGACUUUCUGGGAUAUAAACCGACGUAAAUUUUGGUUUGAGACCUCUUUUAGCCGUAGGAUUGGCGCAUGAUUCAUACAGAUUGUUAGUCGGAACUCCAAGAUUUAAAUGGACAUACUUAGCUUCGGUUGAAGUGUUCUGUGACAUUACAGAAAAAGAAAUUAAGUCAAAUGGUUGUUUUCUCUCCGAUCUUUUUUGCCGUCAAGCCGCCAGUUCAGUUUUAAGUAGUUUUCGUCAUUUUUCUUCUUUGUUAUUAUUAUCAUCCUCAUUAUCAUCACAAGUAUCAUUAUUAUUAUUAUCAUCAUUACCAUUAUAAAUACCUUUAUCAUUAUGAUCUUUUCAUCAUUUUUGUUACUUUAUCAUUAUAAAUGGUUAAUUUUCAAACUAAAUCACGUGAAUAUCUGAGACUGCGCACUUAGCUACGUCAGAUAAAAAUAAUGGGAUAGAAAUCAAAGAUAUUUUAUCCUUAUUGUUUGUACCAUUUAUUUUACAAAACAGAAAUGUUACAUCAAGUUCUUAUGCAUUUUUUUUUAUCAUGGAAAACUUACUGACCGUCUGGUAACACAACUUUUGAUACUGAACAAGGACUCUUCAUAAAACGUUAUCAAUUAUUUUUGUUGCCUCCUAGCGAGCGCCGUUGUAAGAGGCAAACUUUUGGUCUUUCAAUUCUAUCAAACGUUAUUGUUUAAGGUCCACUGUAUGAUAAUAACACAGCCUGAACUGCUAAUUUAUUCAGGAUAGUUUUUAUGUUAUCUUUUUUUUCUGAAUCUCUUUGAAGGUCUAACAAGAGUAACAUUAACUCAAGCCCAGUUUACAGGUAUAGUCCGGUUUUUCUGGCCAUUUAUGGAAAAAAUGAAAAAAAUGCUAUACAGAAACAAAUCAUCAAACCAAUUCAAUAGGGGACAGUUGCUCUUAUUUUACACGUAAGACUAAUUUUGCUCUUUCACCUAGGAAGAUUGCUCUUUAUCCUUUCAUAGCACAGUGCAAGUUUCCGUUAUGUCUAAUUAAAAUAGUCAUGUCCUUACGAAUGCGCGGAACGUUCCUUUUUAAAGUUCAAGUAGUAAUGUCAUCAUCCUCACUAAUUACCUGACCAAGACCAAGAAAUAAAGGCGAUGUUUCUGAGUUUAUGAAUCUGUUAAAAUUAUUUAUAUGAAGCCUCCCUGGCCCCAGGUCCGGGAAAAAAAAUCGUUCUAUUGAAGAAGUUUAAAAAAGGGGAGUACUAUAAUAACACUUGAGAUAUCAUAUAAAUAAACCUUUCUACAUCUCUCUGCUCUGUUUUUUAGCGUGCACAACCCGCGGAAAUUACACAGAUGAUGUUUAUAGGGAAGUUCCGAUAAAAAAUGCGAGAACAAGUGUGAAAAUCAGCAGUCCAGACUUCCCCAAGUCCUAUCCAAGGAACAUACAGUGUACAUGGAGAAUAAUCGCCCCAUUCGGUCACAAAGUUAGGCUUUCGUUUCUUGAAUUUGACCUAGAAGGAACUUACAUAGAGACAGGUUGUCAUGACUAUGUCAGUGUGAGGUGAGUGUUUGAUGACAGACAAUCACCGUGAGGAUAUCAGUUCCUAUUUUGCCGGCUGUAUUCCAAAAUUCCAACGUCUUAUUAAGGUCACAGUAGUGUCAGACUAAAAGAUGUUUCUUUUCAAGGUCUUCAUGGGAUAUUCGGGGGUGUCCCAAAUGUCAGAUAGACAUAUCUACCUUGGAAAUAGAUUAAGGCAGUUAUGGGAGUGGGUUAAGUCUGUUUGCUUUAUCCUUUCAACAGAAAGCAUUUUCCAUGCGGUGUUUAACACUUCAGCUUCACUGCAACCAGGUCAAAUACCUUAACCGACGUUUCAAUGUUUUCGUAUUACGGCACAGAAUGACAAAUUUGAACCUUCCAGUUAUAGGCGAUUUAGUGAAUUAAUCGUAAGUUUACGGCCAUUAAUAUUCGGUGAUGAUUAUCAGAGAAGUAUUCGAUGCUGUGCUGUUAUCAUAGGCAUACAAUUCUAACAUGCCGUUGGUGUAUUUUUCACUGAUCAUGUUUUUUUUAGUCGUAUUCGAAAAGUAAAUUUAAUAAUUUAUGGACGCUCAUAAGAAUGCAGAUUUAGUUAUCCACCAGACGUAACAAUACUUUAUCUUACCUUCUGUAGUGACGGUGGGUUAGAGUUUAGAGACAGCAAAGUCGUUAAAAGGCGUUGUGGCUCGACCAAACCUUCAAUGGUUAUUUCUAGCGGCACAGUCCUUUGGUUGAGAUUUCUCACAGAUAAGGAGGUGGAACAGACGGGAUUCGUUGUCAAAGUACUUCCUGUCAGCGGUAAGGUUACCGAUUAAGAAACAAAGAAAUAAACAAAAAGCGAUUUUGAGAAAGAGUGAAGAGUGAUCGUAUCACUGAACUGAAUGCAGGGUGGGGGGGGGUAAGUUUCUUUUCAACAAUUUUGUACUUAAUGAUCAGUGGUGGAAAUUUAUAAACUAACCCUCUUUGUAAUUUACGUUACGGUCAGUAUCAACAAUGAAAACAACAAUGGCAACAAGAAAAACAAAAAUAAGGGAAACAGUGGGAAAAACUUGGCUCAAAUUCCAAAACAAGAGCCUAAAGGAACCGUUAAUCCCGUUGAUCAAAUUAGUUCAGACCCUUUAUGCUCACAGGUAUUAGCAAAGGCAGUGUUUUAACCAGUGCUAUAUCAUCUCCAUCGUUCCUGCUAUCUCAUUUCUCAUUCAUUGCAGUUUAUUUUCAAACCAGAAUGUAGCUUUGAGUUGCUAUAACACGGGAAAGCAAUAAGAGCCUCGCAGUAAUUUCUUUACCAAAUAAAAAAAUAGUCCCUUCAUCCUUGGCAGCCUCGACCUCCAAGCGCCAUAUCGCCAUUGGUGUCCUUCUCGGCGUGCUUCUGCUCAUUCUCAUGGCUAUCAUUCUCCUUUGCCGCAAACGAUUCCGAAAGCCAGACAAGAACGCACGUAAGGUCCAUAAGUACCAGGAGCUUCCUAUUCCCACGGAAACAGAAGCCGAGCAAACAGACCCUCCAAAUGAUGUACCAGGAUUACCCAAAGAGGAUACCUGGAGUAACGCCUCCAAAAACGCUGAAGCGUCGGGAUAUUGUCCCCUUUCGGAAGAAGUGGGCAUGGUUGAGCCCAAGGAUAGUUGUUCAUUUCGUAAAGGUUCUUCAAAGAAGGCCAGGGAGGACGAAAGUGACCAGCUAGAGUAUACAGAAUUGCUUACUGUCGUGUGAACGGAUCUCGAUAUAUUUAAGCAAAGUUUCGGUUCAAAUGGAACCAAUGCAAAUUCUGGUGAGUUAAGACUGUAACACGUAUUUUGACAGUAAACAACUGACGAAAUACCUUUUCUUAUUCCGCAGCGGCCGAAAUAUGUUUGAAAAAUAAUGCUUCUUGGUUCUUGCAACGAGUGUAUUAUAUCUAGAUAAUGGGAUUUGCCAUAGCGUGUUUAGGAAUAUGUCAUCUGUCCAAGUGUUACACGAUAUCUGUCCCUUUUUUUCAAUUGGCAGCCACUGACUAUCAGCGUAGUAAGACUUACUCAAAUGAUAACUUUUGUUUAAGCAAAACAGUUAUCAGAAUUUAUAGGAGAAGAGGGAGGUAGGUGGCAUAUAGAUAUCGGUAGUUCUAUAAACCGUAAAAAAACAAAAACAAAAACAAAAACAAAAAAGCAAACAAACAAAUUCCUUGACACUAUAUUAUCAACCGACGU